AUCCAUCUGUGUACCACACAGGAAUUUGUAAGCUUAAAUAAAGAUGCUCAACGUCUCGGCUCGGUGGUGCCUUCGAAUCGGUGAAACUGAUUUAUCCUGAAAGGAAAACAGAAGAGCAGAACUCAAUAUAGGAUUUUAACACACCUUUCCACAACCCAUUAAAGUCAUAGUGUAUCAUAAAUCAAUUCCAGCUAUGGAAUUGAAGAAAUCAAUUUCUGAUACCGAGCGCUCAUUGAAGAGCUACGGCUCUGUAUCGGAAACGGAAUGGACAAAAGACAAAGGUCAGUCAGAUGUGUCCAUGGCGGAGAGCAUCAUGUCUCCAGAUGAGAUUGAAGUGGAGAUGGCUCGCAUCCAGCGCCUCAGGGAGGUGCUGGUAAGGAGGGAGUCCGAACUGCGCUUUAUGGCGGACGACAUCCAGCUCUGCAAAGACAUCAUGAGUCUGAAACAGGAGCUGAGGAAGGUGGUAACUGUACCAGAGAAAGAGAAGACCAAGAAACAGAGACAGUGGGAGGAGGAGUUGAUCCUGAAAAUCCAUAAACUGGUGCAGAAGAGGGAUUUCCUAGUGGACGAUGCAGAGGUGGAGAGAUUAAGGGAGCAGGAGGAGGACAAGGAGAUGGCUGAGUUCCUGAGACAGAAGCUGAUGCCUCUGGAGAAGCUGGCCAGAGAAGCUGCCCAAAAUCCCCAGAAGCCCAAGAGACAAGUCCCUGAUCCUCCGCCCAGCAAGCCAUCCGUCACCAAGUCCAUCACCAUCAUCAAGGACUGCUGCGGAGCCACCCAGUGUUGUAUCAUGUAACCGUGGUUACCGAGGAGUUGAGGACAGUACACCCUACCAUUAACAACAACACAGUCACACUGUACAUCUGUCAUCUGACCUGGUCUCUUGGUGUCAUAUCACCUAUCGUUACAUAAUUUCCUGUGAUCCAGAGAACCCUGGUGCAAAAUGGACGCCCUUAUACGUGAUAGAUGGACAGGCCUGGCCACAUGUAAAUGAUGGAAUAACAGAAAUGUAAAUAAAAUAUGUGGCACUAUAUAAUGUUAAAAGGCAAUUGGAAAUUGAAUAUAUGGGACCUGUACAGUAUUGUAAGCAAUACACCAAUUUAUAUUGAUUUAGGGACUCAUUACAUCCCUCUUGAAACAUUCUUCAGAGAUCAAUAAUGACAUAUAUUCCUCAGAUUUAUAAGCACAACGUCCCAUACCCAACCACAUCAUACCAAGGUUCUCUGUCCACCAGGAAAUUUCAUCAUGACUGAAUUGGUAUUGACUUUGUCAUUUUGAAUAACGGGUAUUUACUGGAUGCUUCCAUUCCAACCCUUUAACGGAACAACUAGAACUCCUCUCAGACUUAGGACUGUAUGCUUACCAGGGUGGGGUCAAUUCCAUUUCAAUCCAGUCAAUUACUUACCGAAUAACCAGAUUUGAAAAUGAAUUGAUCCAAUCCUGAUGCUUGCUCUGGAAAUGUAGAUUAUGAAACACUUCACUCACUGCAGUACAUUUUCUAUCCCUUUAUUGUAAAGGUAUACUUCCUAUAUAAACAGUAUUGCUGAACACAGUUGCUAUGAUACCAUUUACAUUGGCAACCUGCAACAAUCGCAUGAUUGAGUUAUUUUGUUUUUCUAUGAUGUACAUUAAUGUAUCAAUAACCAGCCAGUAUACACACGCAUUUAUGUUG